GCGCUUUUGAAUUUUCUGUCAGAUUCUGAGGACCCAAAAUCUAGGGUUUUCUGGUUGUGGUUCUUCCCGGGUGAGUCGAUUGCUUUGAUUUUGGCUCAAUUUCCGUUGUUUUGUUGUUCCCUUUUGAAAAUUAUUGAUUGAUUAGGUGAAUUUGGUUUGAUUUUGUCUUGUUGAUUCGUUUCUUUGGUUGGGGAUUAGGGUUUUGUGUUUGUACUUGAGGGGGUGAAAUUUGUGCGUUUCUUAGUCUUUUCAAUCUGGGUUGAAUAAUUCUGUAGCUGCAUGGCUUGUGCUGUGAGAAUUCUUGUGAGGAAUCACGAAACGACUAUUUUUUGUUUGCUAUGGCGGAUUAAGGAUUUAUGUGAGCUAGGGUUGGGUGGGAAUUUGGGGGAACAAGGUGAAAUUGGGUCUAUUAAGGUAGUGUAAUUAGGUGGGAAAAUUGGGGAAAUUCUAGGUGCUUCGUGGGGAGUGUGUUGCGUUGUCUGGCAGACAGUUAGGUUGCAUGCGUUGGCAUGUCUUGUGGUUCUGUUUGGUUAACUCACUGAAUAUGACUAACAGGAUUUGUAACAUAGUCUUAGAAUUAUGCUCCUUUUGUUUAUAUCUUUCACUGAAGCUGUUGGUUGAUGUUGUUCUAAGGUUAAUAUGAAUAGGUUUAUUGAAUUUUGUGCUGGCCAAGGAUUUAUAAUUUGCUAUUUCAUAGUGAAUCAUAAUUUAUUUCACUGGGUUGUCAAGUUUCUUGUAUAACAUUCUGUAGAAAAUAAAAUCUGUGUUAUCCCAAUGAUUUCUUUCUUGUUGUUUCUAGUAUUAUUCAGCUUUGAUUUAGUAUGUGGAAUGGAAUUUAUGUAAUUGGUAUAAGUUGUGUGUCUAAAGAUAUGCAGUCCAAGUCUGAAACUGCAAAUCGACUGAGGUCGGAUCCACAUUCCUUUCAACCUAGUGGUGUUUGUUCUGAGCCUUGGUGGCAUGGUGGUGGCUACAGUGCUAUCCCUCAAGCAAUGCCUGGUGCAAAUGCAUCCAAUUCCUCCUCUCUUGAAUGCCCUAAUGGUGAUUCAGAAUCCAAUGAGGAAGGUCAGUCCUUAUCCAAUAGUGGGAUGAAUGAGGAAGAUGAUGAUGCUGCCAAGGAUUCACAACCUGCCGAUCCUAAUCAAUCAGGAAAUUAUGGACAAGAAAACCAAGGGAUGCAGCAUUCUGCACCUUCAAUGCGCGAAGAAGGCCUCGCUCAGGCUCCACAGCUGGAACUCGUUGGUCAUUCAAUUGCAUGUGCUACAAAUCCUUAUCAAGAUCCGUACUAUGGGGGCAUGAUGGCAGCUUAUGGACCCCAGCAAUUGGGAUUUGCUCCUUUUAUAGGAAUGCCCCAUGCCAGAAUGCCAUUACCUCUUGAGAUGGCACAAGAGCCUGUUUAUGUGAAUGCUAAGCAAUACCAAGGAAUUCUGAGGCGAAGACAGGCUCGAGCAAAAGCAGAACUUGAAAAGAAGCUAAUAAAAUCCAGAAAGCCAUAUCUUCAUGAAUCUCGGCAUCAGCAUGCUAUGAGAAGGGCAAGGGGUACCGGAGGGCGUUUUGCAAAGAAAUCUGAAGUUGAGGGCUCAAACAAGGGCAAGGAAAAGGAUGGUUCAGGUCCAGUCCUGUCAUCACAGUCAAUCAGUUCAUCUGGUUCUGAACCUUUGCCUUGCGAUUCCAAUCAAACUUGGAACUCUCCCAAUGUGCAACUAAAUGCAAGGGGAACGAAAGUGCACGACAAAUACGAAAAUGGCAGUGGCUCCUACCACAGUCAUAAUGGUUUGCAAUCUUAUCAUUUGCAUUCUGGUGACAGAGUGGAUGAAGGGGACUGUUCGGGUCAGCAACGGGGAAGCAUCACCAACGAGCACGCAUCGGCGAGGCGCCUUGCUAUUCAGUAGACCCCUGCAUGCGGGGGGUAUAGAUGCCAAGGUUGGUUUGUAUCCUAGUGUCAUAUAUUGGGUGAAUACCUUGGUUAUCUGUAAAACAUUCUUGGCAAAUAUACAUGCCAAGCGGCAAAUCAUUCUUGGCUUUGUUUCUGUUUAUGGUGUGAAAUGAUGUUUGGGGAAAGAAUGAUGGUGAUUGGGGUAUGUGAUUUCUGUUGAAGUCAAAUCAAUCCUCCAUUCUUUUCUCAUUCUUUUUGCAUUUUGUACAGAGUGAAUAGUGUUAGUGAGAGCUCAAGCCGAGAUGGAUGGUCAGAUCAGAAGACUUUGAUGGGAACAAAACUAUUGAUGUACCAACUCUCAGUUUGACUGGUUUUCUUAGCUUGUGUAACCUCACCGGUUGUUUAAUGUUAACGUGAUGAGACAUCAUAGGACAAUUUGACUCAUGAAUCUGGUCACAUAACAUUAUUUGUUGGGCUUGUGUUAUGAAGUUUUAGCAGUGCUUUGGUGAAGUUAGUUAUGGAGGAUAAUUACAUAGAGUAGAAAAUUUAUAAGUGCACAAAUUGGAAGUAUUUAGAUUUUAAUAGUGCAAAUAUAGUAGUGUAAAUAACAAAAUAUUGGCAUUAGUUAUGAUUAUUAUUAUUUUAUUCA